UCAUAUGUGUUUGUUGGCAUCAGCUGUCCUCAGUGCUGAAUAGAGCAAGGACAUCUUUUCCUUCACGUCAAUGGGAUUAGAGGAAGAAAUACCCUCUUCAUACUGCUAGCUGUCAUCUCGGUGCUCAAAAGACAAAAUGGAAAUGCAGUAUGUACAGUGGACAGAAAGAAGAUCAAGAUAAGUCACAAGUUUGGAUUACAAAGCUGAUCAGCUUUUGGUUUCUUAGACUAAAUGAACAAGAAACGUGUUUCCGAUCUCAAGGAAGAUAUGCAAACAAUCCGAUGCUCAGAUUAUUAUUUCACCGCUUUCUAAACAAUGACUGAACCCAGGGGUCAGAUGAAGAGUUCAAAUGGGACAAGCAGCACUGUAAUGGACCUACAGUCUGCUUCAAUCAACCCUGAUGUCUCAUCUUCAUCUUCGUCUCCAAAAUUUGGCGGGAGCAACUUCAAGAGAGUCAGCCGCACAGAGGACAGCAGUCCCUGUCCGAUCCCCGGCCUGGCAGCAGACAUCCUGCACAUGCGAGUGAAAGAAGGCAGUAAGAUCCGCAAUUUGCUGCGGUUUGCAACAGCUCGCAUGCAAGGGGAGGGAAAAGAUGGCAAUGGGACAUCACUGAGACAGGUGGUCUUCACUGGCUCAGGCAGAGGAGUCACUAAGACCAUCACCUGUGUGGAGAUUCUGAAACGUAAAGUGGGAGGGCUCCACCAGGUGUCCAAGCUCCACUACAGGACCGUAAAUGAGGUCUGGGAGAGUCCACAACAGGGAUCUCCAGAUAUAACAAUGCAGAGGACAGUCCCUGCUAUCUGUAUCCUGCUCUCUAAAGACCCUCUGGAUCCCCAGGAACCUGGAUACCAACCCCCCCAAACUCCCACAGAGGAUGCAGAGAGACGGAGAGCUCUGCUUAGGCCAGCUCAGAGUCCCUCCUCACAGCACACAGCAAAGAGAGUCUGCCCGGAUGACUGGACUGUAUGUUCUACACAAACGCCCAAAGUCUGAAUGCAUCAUGUGAAAUUAACAUACAGUAUAUGUUAGGCUUGUUCAGAGGGUUGGUCUUUUUUCACCUAAAAUAUCAAAUGGGAAUUUAAACUUUUAUAUUUUAAUGUAAUAAGGUAUUACGCAACUAAAGCUGCUAUUCUCCACCCAGGCCAUCGGGCACUGUAAGACCACCCCAACUCUGCAGCACGGCUUCUUGGUCCAACUCUAAGCUUCACUGAGAAUGAAUAAAAGGUGAUCAUACUUAUAUAUAUUAUAAUAAUUAGUAUCAACAAACUGUUGAUGUGCAUGUAAAAAUUUAAAUCUGUGUUUUGCAACUGAGUAACUUUGUUAUGAAAAGUAAUGUAUUUAUUAAUGAGUAUUAGCUGCGAUAUUAAUAGUCACAUUAGUAGUCAUAUAUUAGUAACCUGAGAGCUGAUUCUGAUGCAAAAGGUCAACAAACACUGUAAACAUACACAAAGUUGGUCACAGUCAUUGUAAAUAUAAACAUCAAGGUUUGCAUCUGUAGUUUUUCUUCUGUUUUGUACUUUUGAAGUGAAUUCACGUACAUUAAUGGAUCAUGGGACCAGAAUAUUUUGGUAAAGAGUUUCAUGAUGAUGCUGUCCCUUUUUUGGAUGUAACAUCACUGGAAUAAAUGAACUAGUUUGGAAAUCAA